AUGCCUCUUGUCAAUACUACCUCUGUCGCAGCCGGCCUCCUCCUGCUUUAUCUGUCCUCCUUCGUUCUGCUCGCGAUUCUACGGUUCGUAACUGGGAUAUCAAUCCAGCGCAUUGGUUAUUUCAGCUUGAGGCACAUAUCAUAUACUCCAAGAGAAGGGCUAAGAAUAGAUCUGCGUGGGCUUGGUCUAAGUCUCCAUAGACCUACCUUUGCGCAGCCAACAUGGAUCAGCCUUGUGUUCCAAGAGUUGAAGAUCACUUUCGACCCCGCGGCGUUCGAAAAUAUACCGGCCAAGUCGAAUCCAUCCAAAGAUGCACAAGGGGCUCGCGAGCCUCCACGCAGACAUGGCGUGUAUCGCUUGGGCGGGAGAAGCCAGCUGUGGAAGAAGCUGACCAAUAUCAAAGAACGCAUUAAACGCAUACAUCGCAAAGUAUAUAUCUUGCGCAUGUUCGACAUCAGCGCUUUCAACACCAGCGUCGAGAUCGUGGAUGUUGGGUAUGUUCAGGUUUCAACCUUCACGGGAGCUGUUUAUACAAGACGGAAGCUGCUUGACCGCGGUCGAUUAUUCCGACACAAAAAGGAUCCAUUGGGAGAGCAGAAACCGGCCGAAUGGGUCUUCGCGGUGAAGAGUAUCUUAAUGGGCGUGGGCGGUCGUGAUCCCAUCGAGAUCCUGGACGCAAUGACGAUCAACGUGCAUGGACUGCUGUACAAGGAGCGCGAAGGCCUUCGAGAUACUUCUAUCGCGAUCAAAGCGGGCCGUCUUUACGUUCCAGUCGAUGAGAUUAUGCACUUCUCGAAUCGAGGCAAAAAGAUAGCAAAGGUGCGACAAGAAACUCAACCUUUAAGCCCCGUCCCGGAAGUCUCGCCAGAGGAUGUGGUGGAAGAAUUCGACAGUCCCGGAAGUCGUGAAGCAUCUAUCGUGCAGACUGUGGCAGACUCCAAAGAAUUCUUCAGCUCGACACUCCAAAGCGUUCAAGAAAUCCAAGUCGGAUUGAGUUUCGUGCGGAUAUCGAAAGAGGUUGAGUCUCUGAGACAGGCCAAUCUCCCUUUGACGGCAAACGUGGUCAUUCAUGAAAUCGGCACCGAUCUACAUCGGCUUGACCAGAACUCGCCCGCCCAUCGCAUGUAUUUCGGAAAGGAGGAUAUCGCUCAUCAAGCUUUAGUCGCUGCCGUGUCCAUCUCCGUUAGUUUGGACGAGGAUGAUGCCCAAACAAACAAGAUUAUGUAUAUCCCGAUGGCUACAAUCACGAUCAGGACAACCUUGCCAGCGAAAACAAUGAGCUUCACCCAAGACCGGGACGUCGCCGAAAGAAAUACAAAUAUUUUGUUUGCGAAUCUGGUUGUCACGUCACCCUCCCUCGACUUGGUCCCACAACAUCUAAUCAGACUCCUGGCUCUUACUCAACCCCACAAACCUCCAUCUCCAAAUCUUCCCACGAAUCGGCAUCGUUUGAUUUCGAGACUACUUCCAAAAGCGAGCAUUAAGAUGUCCGUCCACGAGCCCGUUGUCAGGUUUGUAUUGCCGGUCGCCAACCCUGCUCAUGCGGCCCCUGGCGAAUAUGACAUGAUCAUAUCCUCAAUUUCCUCCAUUUCGCUAGACGUGGAAUCAUCUCAUUCCGCAGGCGGCGAGCUUCUUUACUCUUUGGGCUCAAAAUUUCGUGUUAUGUCUCAUCGCCUCUAUUAUCAAGCUUCCACGGGCAUCAAGCACAACCUGCUCAUCACCGAAGCCCUGGAACUCAAGAUUCAUGUCGCCGCCUCCACCGAAAUAUUUGUCACCGUCUCUGGAAAUCUGCGCACUUUCUCUAUCCUCAUGGUCCGGGAGGAAGUAAGCAAAGCAAUCUAUAACAUAGUGCGGCACUUCAAACAUCACGGCCCGGCAGACAGAGUCGGCGGGCCCAAACCUACUCCAGCCGCUUUCCUCAGGAAGCUACCGUCUUGGCUUCUCGAGGCCAACUUCGAGGGCUCUGGUUGCAGCAUCGAGACCGCUGGUGUGGAUUCUAGUAUAUCAGGCCAAACGCGAGGGGUUGCGCUAGAGCUUCAAUCUUGGACGGCGCAUUAUACAUCGUCACAAGCCGAAUCGUCGCGAAAGCCCCUGACUCGGAGAAAGACCAGCACUUCAGUCCGUUACGACGAAACAUUUCCGGGCAAUCAUAUCUCACCUCCCACAUCGCCGCCAAGGCGUCAUCACAGUGACCCAACAGACGGUCGCCGGCUCGCUUUCCAUGUCAAGGGGUUUGAAGGCUUCGUUAUUGAAUCUCUCGAAAGCUGGGAGCCGAAGCCAUUUAUGUCCGUCCCAAGAUUUGAAACUGCUUUCAGCACAUCUAGGGAUCAGCAAGGACCAAUCUUCCAUAUUCACUCCGCAAUUCGCGCUGUCUAUUUGGAUUUCUCCCUAUACCGAUUCUAUUCGAUCGGAGUUGCUGGGUCGGUUGUCAAAGACGCCUUCUUGGGACCUGUCUCUGCAAAGCGAGAUCACAAGCCUCAUUCAACUGCGGUUUCUCCCGAGGAUGACAGGAGCCAUAUGCACACAACCCCCCCUCAAGGAGGCGUGGAACUUUUUGCCAUUGACGUCAAGGCUCAUUAUGUCCAUAUCAAAGCCCAGAUGCCACGUGAUCCACCAAUGCUCCUGCAAAUCUAUGAACUUUCCUCUGGUCGGCACCGGUGGUCCGCACCAUUUCUCCGAGCUGAACUUCUUCGCCUGCAUACCGAAGCUCCACACCUGAAGCGGGUGUGGGCAAGACUUGUUAGCACUAACAGUAUCCGUGUUGACCUGCGCCAGAACAAGAAAAGGUCUCAACAUGGCACGGUGGAGGAGAAGUCGAUUGAUGUAACCACAGAUUUCAUCCGUUUGGCAGUUCCUCAUGGCUUGCAGAUGUACAAAGUCUUCGACAAUUUCAUCAACAUGGGCAAAGCAAUGGUACAAUUGCAUCAUCGAUUCAAAACUCGAACAAAUGAAUACAUUUUGAGGAAAGAUCCCGUUGUUCCCAAAAAGGUUCCCCGGAUUUCACUUCGAUCCAAGGCACUUUGCUUCGAGCUCGAAGAUGAUCCGUUUGAAUGGAAACUGGGCGUCAUUUACCGCGUUGGUCGCAUUGAACAAAAACAACGUCUUGCACGUGAAGAUGCGUUCCGUUUGAAAGUCAAACGAACGAAUGAUGAGCGGCGGCCACGAUCACUUUCUCGAUUUCGAGCGCAUUCCAGCCGUCGAGCCUCUCCAAACACUACUCCCGAGCAUCAUCCCAGGAGAUCAGGAAGUCUCGAUAAUACGCCGAGAAGAAGAUCCCAUUCUAGGGGACGACGAGGGAGAGAACAAAUUCGCUAUGAUCGGGAAGGAGUCUGUGCGUUGACGAGCAGCGCCAAAAUACAAAACAAAGAAGCAUGGGACAAGCUCCAAGUGCAUAAUGCGAGGAGCUGGAAAAAACGAAUCGAUUGGAUGCUUCGACUGCAAAACAACACGAUUAAAAAUAUUCGGCAGAUGUUUACAGGAGCUGACGAACCACCUGACGAUAAUGAUGAGCAAGAAACCAUUCUUGCUAUACCGAGCCGUCCUGGGUUGAUGACUGUGAUUGUCAGUGAUUUGCACCUUCUCAUCGAUAAGCCGUCGUUUCCACAGUCUGAUUUACCCAAGUUCCUCCACGACAUUGGAAAAGGGUUGCCUUUCGACACGAAGUACGCAGUUCUCAUUCCGGUCAGCGUUAGUCUUGAUAUGGGCGAGGCUCGCAUCAUGCUUCGAGAUUAUCCACUGAGCCUGCUUCAUAUCCCUGCCAUUCGUCCUGGUCAACCACCUCGACUCCCAAGUUGGUCUCUGAAAACGGACUUUGUGAUUGCAGAAGAAUUCCGAGAUGACGAAUCCAUGCGGCAUAUUAAGGUCGAGAUAGUUCCUAGAGGCCAGCACGGACAAACCGGGGAAGAAAUUCCAGGUUUUGCCAUCGAUGUCAGAAGGACGGUGGCCCCGGUCAAGACCUACUCGAGGCCUGUAAUUGAUAUCAACACGAGUCUGCCAACUACGAUCUCCUGGGGUACCUCAUAUCAGCCUGUGAUACAAGAUAUGAUGAUGAUCAUUGAAGGCUUUACGAAACCUGUAGUAGAUCCGUCUGAAAGAGUUGGUUUCUGGGACAAGAUCCGGCUGAGCUUUCACUCACGUCUGACCGUCAAUUGGAAGGGCGACGGAGAUGUCCAACUACGGCUCAAGGGCUCUAGGGACCCUUAUGUCGUAACAGGCUACGGGGCUGGAUUUGUCAUGUGUUGGCGGAAUGAUGUACAAUGGUCGAUACAUCACGUCGACGAUCCACGCAAAUUCAUGACUGUAAGAAGUGGUGAAUAUGUACUGGCUAUCCCGGAUUACAGUCACGAAGCUCGCAACUCUUCCGAGCAGAAAGCGGGACAUGAUUCGGACAGUGUGAGCACCAGCAGCACGCAAAAGAACGCGGCGAUCUUCAAGAAAGUCAUUAUGAAAGUCUCCGGGAACGUUCAAUGGACUGCUGGACUGGUAUUCGAACGGGAUCUAGGAAAUGGUGGCCGGUCGUCCAUUUUCAAAAAUCACUACGACGUGAUUCUGAAGAAUCCGACCCAGACGCAUAAUGUUGACUGGAGUACAUACGAUGCGUUCCACGGCUUCCGAAGCCAUCAUAUCCAUCUCUCGAUUGCGGUGGCUGCACCAUUUGAUAGAGAUUGGACAGGUUGCGAUCCGAAUCUGUCUGGGAGCUAUAACAGCAUACAUCUGAGCCCAAGAUUCUUCUCCCAUUUUUUCAACUGGUGGUCAAACUUUUCUGGGGUGAUGUCCCUCCCAAUUCGACAAGGCCCAUUGUGGAGUGGGCCAGAAAAAUCAAGCAAGAAGUUUGGUCGACAUCUUGCGACGAUAAAAUACAGCCUUUUAUUGUCUCCCCUUUUCAUUGCCCACGUCUACAAGCACAAGGAUGCGGAAGAUUACCAGGAAGAUAUCGUCUCUGCAACUGGGUUGAAGAUCAAGAUCGACAGCUUUAUGCUUGAUCUCCAUCAACGGCGGGAGUAUUUCGAUACCCUUUCAAAGGGCGUAUCAAAGAAGCAAAUGAGAACAAGUGGCAUGAAAAUCAACAAAGCCGAGCUUGACUUUGUAAAGGCAGACUUGAGAGCUGUCGCUGCAAGUAUAGCUGGUACCACCGCCGAAGACCUUCAGAAAGCAACUGAUGAGAUGUUAUCCUCGUUCCAGGAAGUCUCCACGAAUAUUGACAUGUCCCAAUUUACCAUCCCGGAUCACGAUUUCACUUGGAUUGACAUGGACGACUUUGUGGAAUUAGACUGGGUGCUGCCAUCGGAGUCCAAUCCCGAAACCAAAAUUCUGCCUCUAGCGUUUACACCGCGCUUCACCUACUUCCGACAGACGGAUCAUGGAGGUGGUAUUCAAGGAGAUCCAUCUCGUACAAGCCCCUUUGGUGACGAGGACACUCAUUUUUGUGUGAUGUCCCGCCACAAUGAUCCCCGCAAGGUCCAAAUGAAUUUGAUCGAAACCAGACUCAAAGAUCUUGAAGACCGGCUCCAAGUUCAUGUGCGGUUGAUGGGUGAACAUGAACUCCGAGUGGUUCGUGAUGGUGAUCAUGACCAAGCCAUCAAGGACAAGCAUGAUACUCUCCUGGCACAACAAAAGGAGUUGGAGAGUAAACGACGAUUUUUGCAACAUGGACUGCGUCGUCUCACUGGCCAUGCGAACCCAGGAGAAGCUCACGAGCAUGAUCACCCUCAUCGCCACGGUAGCACACCGACAUUAACAACCGAACUGGACAGCCAAGCCACUGGAACUCCUCAAGUUGACAUGGACGGAUUAUACACGGCUGGUCGUGACGAGUUUGCAAGCGACUUCAACAACCGCUUCAUUAUCCACAAUGUUCAAUUAAAAUGGAACAAUUCGCUCAGGAAUGUUAUACUUCGCUAUAGCCAUCAAGUAGGUCAACGUCGAGGUUUCGUAUAUUACAUGUCUCGACGUGCCGUCAAGUUUAUCCUCGACAUCGUGGAUGAACAGGCAAAGGCGAAGGAAGAACGCCGCAAGCAGGAACGAAAGCAAGAUGCCCCAAUGCCUCCCACACCGAGUGUCAUCUCCCCAAGUGAGGAGAAGGACGAGGACUCGGUGAUUGAGGAUCGGAUUACACAGCUCCUGAAUGAUGCCAAACGAUUCGUCCAUGUGGGGGAUGAGAUUGAAGAGGAUUCUCCCACGGCUGAUGCCGGUGAUGCUGUGUCCGAACGAAGACCCUCUACAAUUGACCUUGGGGAUAAGAUUGCGGAAAACUUCCAAGCCAUGAACAGCUAUCACCUUCGUCUGAUCGCUCCACAAAUCCAGCUACAGAGUGAGAAGAACACCAAGUCUAUUGUGCUCAUAUCAGCGAAAGGUAUGCAACUCAAAGUUGUUUCCAUUAUGGAUAAGGCUCGGAUGUCAGAUGACGUUAGUGGACUGGUGCAACGUCGCUUUGCCCUCGACAUGGAUGGGGCGCAAUUUUUCGUGGCGAGCCAAAAGACUCUUGCCAAAUAUCUCCAUCUCUAUUCGGGCAACAGAUAUGGCAAUACUCCCGGAUCAUCAUGGCCCCCUUGGGUCUCUCUUGAGGCCAUGUUUGACUUCCACCUGGAACCGUUCGGUUUUCGACGAGUGAUUCAAAAGACAUCGGCAAGUCUUCGGUACGAAAAAUACAAUCCACUCCGUCUCAAGUACAACGAAGAAGUGGAGAGCAAGGAAAAUGGCGGCCAAGCAACACACGCAUCACGGAAGGAGAACCGUAUGGAUCAUCUGUAUGUUGACUUUCCGAGAGUUCGUGCUCGAUGUGAUUCGGCGCAAUAUUACGCAAUGUACAUCAUUGUGUUGGACCUGCUCCUCUACAGUGAACCAUUGGAAAAGACCAGGAGUGAAAGACUCGAAAAGAUUAUGCUUGCGUCCGAUUUCAGCGAUCUGAGAGGUGCCCCUGAAAUGGCCGAGAGAUUACAAGAACGGAUCCGACAACUGGAAGACAUCAAACUUCAUUUCCAAAUCAAUGCUAAAUACCUGGACAAGCAAGGUUGGCAAGAUCGGAUUAAUCUGGAGAAGGAUAUUGCGAGCUGCGAAGACGAGCUUUUCUUCAUCAUGAAAGCGAUCAAUACUUCCCAGCAAAAGAACGACGAUCGAAAGGCCUCUCAAUCCAGCGGUCUGUUGCGAUGGUACCUCAGUGCCUCUGAAAUUGUAUGGCACCUGAUGCGCGACAGAGACGAACCACUGACUGAAUUCCAACUCGGUAAUGCUGCAUACGAGCGGAUUGAUAAUAUUGAUGGAUCUAAUCAUAAUGCCUUGGAAAUUGAACAUAUCAGAGGCUGGAAUCUUCUUCCAAACGCACUCUACCCGGAAAUCAUUGGACCUUACUAUGAAUCAGGCGACCGGCGGCCCAGCGUCAUGGAAAUGCAGAAAAUGGUGCAAGUCCAUUGGUACAUGCUCGAAGCAAUUGCUGGAAUCCCUGUCCUUGAAGAAUUUCAUGUUACAGUGUUUCCAUUAAAGGUCCAGCUGGAGCGCGAGCUCGGCAAAAAGCUGUUUGAGUAUAUUUUCCCUGGUGUUGGAUCGAAUGCAUUCGAAAACGGAAAUUUCUCACCUUUGAUGGUUAAGAACAUGGAACCUCUCGACGAUGGUGGUGACCAAGAAUUAGAGGAAGCCCGAAGCGCUUUGAUGUCCGAACAAGAUCUUCGUCCUCCAAGCUCCGAGUCUAGUCGUGGAACUUCGCCAGGUGCAGUGGCCCGGAGAUUAAAGCCGACAUAUCGUCUGACGUACGAUGAAAAACACAGUCCAUCCACUUCAUCACAUGGCAAAUCAAGGGGUUUGGGUAUUUCGUCCGACCAUCACAACAAGUUGUUCAAACAUUUCAACAAUUCAAAUCCACGAUCUGCUCUGAAGGAACCGACUCGUAAAGGAUCUGCAGGCAGUUUAAGGUCAAAGAAAAAUGAAGCAUCUUCCACCAGCCUUGUGGCUUUGAGCAAUUCCGAAGAGAAGAAACGCAAUAUAAUGUAUCGAACAUCAAGCAAAGAUCGCAGCUUGGGAAGCAAGAAAGACAAGAACAAACCGUCGGACGAUUUGUCGCAAAUGAUGUCUAGAGCGUCCAAUUACAUGACGCUAGCCCAUGUCAAGCUCAACAGCUUCGUUAUUUGCCUCAGUUACAAGGGCAAGAGUGAUCGGAAUUUCGAAGACCUUCACGACUUUGUCUUCCGCAUGCCGACGUUGGAAUACCGGAACAAAACUUGGUCAAACCUAGAACUCGCAUUACGGCUGAAAAAAGACGUCAUUCGAGCUCUCAUCUCUCACACAGGUGCCAUCAUCGGCAAUAAAUUCUCCCAUCACCGCCCAAACAAGAAACAAGUCGAACGGCUCAAGGAGAUUGCACAUUCCUCCACCAUUGCCAAUUCAGACAUCAAUCUCCAACUGUCAGGAACCUCAGAGACGACGAGUCUGUACAGUUUCUCGCAAGACGGCAGAGACGACGACUUUGAAUCCUCAGGCAUCUCGUUCCAAUCUCCAUCAGGCACAAAUGGACAUAAGAACGGCGUUCUUGGACCCUCUCCCCUUCUGCGUAGUGGGUCCUGGACUUCGAGCGUCAAUCUCUCCAUCACAUCUGGAUUCGCCACUCCUCGCAACAUGCCCCCCCCCGGCGCCGUCGCCGCCAGCAGCAAUUCGUUAAUUGUUCCGCCUCGACCGAGCACGGCCAGUCCACACGGUCCGCGAAGUUUACUGAAGGACGCUAUCGGCCGGCAUUUCUCGGGCGACACAGUCAAGGGACGCGUGCAUAUUGGCGGAUUGGGUCUAGGCAGGAGUGAAACUCACCGGGAGAGUCGAGACAGUUCCCACCGCGACAAGGACAAAGAUACGAACCAUUAUCUACAUCCCAAUCAGCAUCAGAAUCAACAUCAACAUGAUGAUGGCGCUGAGAGUGAUCCUGAAAGUCAUCGACGGAAGAGCGUUUUACUGCUGGGCAAGAAAGUUCUCCACCGACUGAGCUGA